CGCCACCUCAUGUGGCUCUUGGAGAAAGCUGGCUACAGGGUAGGGGCCGCGGAGCCCAGGGCCGGGUGGGCGCCCUCCAGUUUGUUUCCUAAGCGCCGCACCCCGUGCCCGCUGGCUCGCCCCUGCCCCAACGUCCUCACCCCGGAUCGCAUCCCGCAGUUCUGCAUCCCGCCUCGGCUGCGGGACCCAGGCGGCGCCCAGCCCCACAGCGGCGGGCGCGGCCUCCCCGCGACCUGUUCGCUGCCACACCUGGCGGGGCGCGAAGGCUGGGCCUUCCUGCCCGAGAGCCCGCACACGCGCCGGCGCGAGUCCCUGUUCCACCGGCCACCGGCCACCCCCGCCGGCGGGCUGCCCCCCGCGCUGUCCCAGCUGCACGUCUCCGCCCCGGACCUGCGCCUCUGCCGGGCCCCCGACAGCGACACGGCCUCGUCGCCGGAUUCGUCGCCCUUCGGCUCGCCGCGG